AAAUUUUUUGGAUUUUAAAUUAUUAAAACUUCCAAGGCAUAUGGGUUAGCGUUAUUUGUCGAUGAACGAUUGCAGAGUUGGGUGAGAGACUUAGAAAGCAUUUCAAUUCAAACCAAACCACUUCCGUUAUCUCCCUCCUUCCAUCUCCCAUCCGCCAUGGAUAGACACACCACUAACUAAAUCAGCAAUCUGGAAAUCCCACUCUCAAAUCUCAGAUCUGUCGAGUUACUCCUCACACUUCAUUUCCCCUAUUUCUUGUGAUCUUCUUUGUCCCUCCGAAUUGGGCAAAAUUGAAUGAACUCCACUCUGUCCUGUUCGAGUUAGAGGAGCGCUAGAUUGCUGGGAUUGGAUGAUUGAAUAUGUGAAUGGCUCAGUACAGGCAGUCGGGGACGGAUAGAUAUGGACCAAGGGCUCAUGAUGCGCUCCAUUCAACUAACAAUGGCGUUGCCGAUCACGUUGCGGUGGGAAUUCGUACUACGCCGUAUAAGCAGGCUAGGGUUCGUAGGGCAGCUCGCCCCGAUAAGGGCAGAGGGAUCUCGGUUGGGGCAAUUAUAUUUGCUCUCUCGCUUGUUCUUGUCCUCACCGUUUUAGCUUAUUACUAUUUAUUGAGGGACACCAAAGAAAUUAGCAAUUCCAACGCUGAGGAUGAUGACUUCAAGAACGACCCUGAUUUCCUUGCAAAUGUUACUCGAACAGAGACAACCAAAGUCAGGUUUGGUAAAGGUUUAGUUGCACAUGGCCGUGACUCAAGGUAUUGGGAUGGGGAUGAUCGAAGAAGGGACCAAGAUUACAAUGAGGAUGCAGUGGAACAUGUGCCUACUACCAACAAGGAUACUGACAAGGGUGAUGUUCCAGCAAAAGUGAGUGAGGGCCACAGAGAAUCACUCCUUGAACAUUCUCAUGGACUAUACAAUGAAGCUGGGCGAAAGGAGCUGAGGAAGUAUGAAGCUGAGUAUGAGGCUUCGAUAAAGACUUCAGGUCAAUUGGGAAAACAUGGAAAUGAAGAUGACCAGGUAGCUGAUGAAGAUGAUUUGGAAAAUUGGAAUGACAUUAUUGACACAGAUGAUGAGUAUGAUAAUGGAAGUGAUAAUCAAAAUCCUUCUAUGGAUGAAGACAGUGAUACAGAACACGAGAAAGAGGACCAAUCUGAUGCAGCACGUUCGACAAAGGAAGACUCUGGGAAAUCAUUUGAUGUUGUUGAGACUGGAAAAUCCCUCAAUGAUGACCAUAGGAAAUCCCUCAAUAUGCUUAAUGGAGAAACCAAGAAUUGGCAGGAUGGUGAAAAAAAUGUUGAGGCUUCCAAACAUUCAUUGGACAAGGAUUAUACGUCAAAUUCCAAAAAUUCUGAUGCGGUUAACAAAAAUUCCAAACAUGUUAGUGUCACUAAUGGUCAGCAUACAAAGAGGUCAAAAUUGUAUCUGAGAAAGAAACCAAAGCAUCGAAAAUUUUCAGGUUCGUCAUGUGAGAUGAAGUUCUUAAACUCUACGGCACAAAUUCUUGAACCUUUAGAAAGUAAAAAAUUUGUUAGAUUUACUUUGCAGUACAUUGAGACAGAGGAAAAGCCUAGCAAUGAAGAAAAAUGGAUGCCUAGAUUUGCAGGGCAUCAAACAUUGCAAGAACGUCAGGCAGCAUUCUAUGCACAGGAUCAAAACAUAAGUUGUGGCUUUGUGAAGGGUCCUAAGAGUUUUGCAAGUACGGGAUUUGAUCUGGCAGAAGAUGAUUCCAAUUAUAUCAGUAGAUGCCACAUUGCCGUAAUCUCCUGUAUAUUCGGGAAUUCAGAUCGCCUGAGAUCACCAACUGGAAAAUCGGUUACUCGUUUUUCAAGAAAAAAUGUCUGCUUUGUUAUGUUUAUGGAUGAAGUUACCAUGGAGACUCUUUCAUCAGAAGGUCAAACAGUGGAUAGAAUGGGUUUUAUUGGCCUAUGGAAGAUUGUUGUGGUAAAGAAUUUACCGUACACUGAUAUGAGAAGAGUUGGGAAAAUACCAAAAUUAUUGGCACAUCGAAUUUUUCCUUCGGCAAGGUAUUCGAUCUGGUUGGAUAGUAAGUUGCGUCUUCAAUAUGACCCUCUCCUCAUCUUGGAAUACUUCUUAUGGCGAAAAGGAAAUGAAUUUGCCAUUUCAAAUCACUACAACAGACAUUGUGUAUGGGAAGAGGUGGCUCAGAAUAAGAGAUUAAACAAGUACAACCAUAGUAUCAUAGAUGAACAAUUUGCAUUUUACCAGGCUGAUGGAUUGAAGAGGUUUAAUGCAUCAGGCACAAACAAGCUUCUUCCCAGCAAUGUGCCUGAAGGAUCUUUCAUCAUUAGGGCCCACACUCCAAUGUCUAAUCUGUUCUCUUGCCUAUGGUUCAAUGAAGUCGACAAAUUUACUCCCCGAGAUCAACUUAGUUUUGCAUAUACAUACCAGAAAUUAGUAAGGAUGAAUCCUGGAAGACCUUUUUAUCUUAAUAUGUUCAAGGACUGCGAGAGACGAAAAAUAGCGAAAUUGUUUCGUCACAGGUCGGAUGAGAAGCGAACUGUUCAGGAAAUUGCAAUUGAGUAAAUGUGUUAUAUAUAUUUUUGAGGUUGCUGGUUUUGACAUAAUUCGCUUGGCCAUACACUUCCUUGAGUGCUUAGUGAAUAUAUGCAUAUAUCGCCCUCUGGUCCGACAGUCAUGGACUCUCUGCCUGCCAGUCAAAAUACUCCAUCAAAUUUUGUAAUUGAGAUUUGUGGAUUUUUCAGCUAUCUUAUCCCAACAAAUUGUUGAACAGAGUUGGACGAUGCAGUUACUACUAAGCAUCUCCAUGGAGGAUGGCAGGGAGGUGGUCUAGUGUUUUAGUAAUGCCAAUUUUACUUUCUAUUCAUUGCUUCUUUUGGUGGUAAGGGAAAGCUGUUCUAAAUUCAUUUGUACCAUUUCUGUGACAAUAUAAAUGUGUAAUUCUAUAUACUUUCAAGCCGAUUGAUACAGAGUUCAGUCAGUUCAUUUGUUCAUUCGAAA